AUGAGAUACCUCACCGAUAUCAUGCACUUCUCACUUCCCCUCCUUCUCCUCCCCGCCAUUGCGUUCUGCGCGCCAGUUGCGGAAAUCUUGCCUACGGCACAGGAUGUGAUUCAGUCGGUGGUCAACAUCCACAGCGCUGUUCUCGAACUUGAUCAGAAAGUGCAAACUUUUCAGGGUGGUUCUUUCGAGACCGCCUUUGUAGAAGGCAAAGAAGUGCUCGCGGGCGUAGCGAAGAUCCACGAAGUAAACCGCGAAGGGUUCCGACGAGCAACCCUGGCUCUACCGCCAUUCUCCAUCAAGGAUACUACCGAUCUGAUCAACACUGUCGUAGCAACUGUCAACGUCAGCAUCCCGAACGCGACCAAGCACCUCCAAGAGAAAGAACCCGUGUUCAAGGCGAACGGCUUCUCAGCCGUCGUUAUCGCCAGUCUGGCGCUGUUGGAAUUCGACCACGACACGUUCAGCGCGGCAGCAGCGAAGAACUUCAACCUUGCUACUCCGAAGCCGAAGUUGGACGAGGGCAUCGCGGCGGCAGCGAACAUCCACAAGGUUAUCCAGGAUACUAUUGUGUUCUACACUGUAAACGCGGUCGUGUAG